AAUUUUUUUUUUCGUUCCUGGUUUUGUGUGUAUCCUCCUCGCCCUCGAUGCCUCUUUGAGCAGCAUCCAGCGAGCGAGCGGGAGAAGGCGAGACAGAGAGGCAGAAGAGAAGAUGAGGAUAAUUUGCAGACAGCUUGUCUUGUUGUUUUCUGGCUUUUGGGGACUAGCAAUGGGAGCUUUUCCUAGCAGCGUGCAAAUAGGUGGUCUCUUCAUCAGGAACACAGAUCAGGAAUACACUGCUUUUCGAUUAGCAAUCUUUCUUCAUAACACCAGCCCCAAUGCAUCCGAAGCACCUUUUAAUUUGGUUCCUCAUGUAGACAACAUUGAAACAGCUAACAGCUUCGCUGUAACAAAUGCCUGUCUUGAUUGUUUUGAGACUUGCUUGUUCAUGAGAGGGGAAGACGUCUGCUUUGAUUUCUUAACAGUUUUAGAUCCUACAGUGAAUUGUGCAAUUUCAGAUUGUGAGCAGGUGAAGUUCUUUGGAUUUAAACAUGUUGGACCAAAUAGUCGUUUCUCAUAGUUCCUAUUCCUUAAUAUAUGACUGAUUUAAGGAUAUGAAACUGUGCUAGUGCAAAAGUGAACAUGUCUCUCUGAUUGCACCAGUGUAAUAGGGAAAAAUUGGUGUUUUCUCUGGAUUUCCAUUCCUCUGGGUAUUUAGCUUGAGGCAAAGAUUUUGGACUAGUACAGCGCCAAGUCUCCUUCUGCAGCUGAGGUGGGAUACUGAAGUUAUGUGGUAGGACACAAAG